CAUUUCAGUGAUACAUUUUGAUUGCAGAAACAUGACCAAAACCAAAGCUGCAUUUCUUGAUGGAGCCAUUGGCGGAUGAAUCUCCAUCAUCGUCUCCCCCAACACCUCCGUCUCCUCUCCCCAUCAGUGUAGGACCGGGCAACCAGAAGUACUUAUUUUCAUCUUCCCCAUCUCCUUCCCCACCCUUCUCCCCGCCCACUUCUGCCCACGGCUCCGCCGACAGCCUCCCUCUCCUUCCUCAGACUCAGAAGCAAAGGCAGCAGCUACCAUCCCCGUUUUCCUUGGAUAAGAAACCUCCAGACAAUUUGGAUGAUGACAAGACAUGUUGCCUCAAGGACUUGUUAGAGUGGCUGUUCCAAAAAUGUUGCUCAUGCUCAAGUUCAAGUUCAAGUUCAAGAUCGAGGUUUUCCUAACAAAAAGUUUUGCUGACCAACAAAAAUCGACACCUCUAUCAAGACACAAUUUCUGAAUUUUCUUUCACCAUUCACCAACAACAAAAGAAGCAAAUUAUUUCUUCGUUUCAAAUUAGCCCUUUGGCACUUGUGACCAUUGUUUGCUUAUUGUGUUGGCUUUUAUUUUUAUUUUUUUGAACACAUGUUUUCUUUUAUUUUAGUGAAUGCAAAUGGGUUUACUUUUACAAGGCUCUCCUACCACGAAUACAACUAUCCUCCUCCA